UACCGGCCGGCCCCUCCACAUUGUGGCAGCAGGGCUACUGCAGCGCAGCGGAGCAGAGGAGAGAAGCGGAGGAGGCGGACGGCGGACAGACGGUCUCCCCUCCGACUAGUGGGAUAAUACUCUGCCGCAUCCCGUCGCUUCAACAUGCCUUUGGGGAGUGAAAGACUCGCUGGGAUUACUGCGCUGGUCGCCUCGCUGCUGCUCGGCUCCUGUGGGACAGGUGGAGAAGAGGUAUGUGACAGCCCACUGGUAGCCAAUCUGCCACCGUCAUCAUUCAGAAGCUCCUCCCAGCUAACCAGCAGCCAUGGGCCGGUCUUUGCUAAGGUCAACAGGAGAGAAGGAGCUGGAGGUUGGUCCCCUCUCGUCUCAGACAGAUACCAGUGGUUGGAGGUUGAUCUGGGGAGGCGGACCCGGAUCACUGCUGUUGCUACGCAGGGACGCUACGGCAGCUCUGAUUGGCUGACGGCUUACCUGUUGAUGUUCAGCGACACAGGACACAACUGGAGACAACACCGGCAGGAAGACAGCUUAGGGGCUUUCCCAGGUAACAGUAAUGCAGACACUGUGGUCCAGUACAAGCUGAAACAGCCGGUGAUAGCUCGCUACCUCCGCCUAAUUCCUCUGGACUGGAACCCCACUGGGAGGAUUGGACUCAGACUGGAGAUGUAUGGAUGUCGUUAUACUUCGGACGUGGCCAACUUUGACGGCAGCAGCAGCCUGGUCUACAGGCGGAGUGUACGGCCGAUCUGGAAGCCGAUGGAGUUUGUCUCUCUGAAGUUUAAAACCCUCAAGAAUUCUGGGACGCUGCUUCAUGCGGAGGGAAACAGAGAUCACAGCCUCACUUUGGUGUUGGAGAAGGGACGGCUGCUGCUCUACCACCAACAAGGUGUGAGUUCAUCCUCCGGCGGACUGCUUCUUGUUUCUGUGGGUAGUCUGCUGGAUGACCAGCACUGGCACCAUGUAAAGCUGGAGAGGCUCAGCAGUCACCUCAACCUCACUGUGGAUAAAAACACUCAUCAGGUUCACAUACCAGCUGAGCUCAGCCACUGGGACAUUCACCAGCUAAGUCUGGGAGCUGUCCAAAGCCAUGGACUGCAGAAACCCGUCCUGUCCAACAGGAACUUUCAUGGCUGCAUGGAGAACCUGCUCUACAACGACCUGAACCUGAUACACCUGGCUAAACGGAACAACCACCAGGCCUCUGUGGUGGGCAAUGUGACCUUUUCUUGUGCUGAGCAAGUUUCAGUUGCUGUGACGUUCACUGACUCCCAGAGCUUCCUGCAGUUGCCAGGACUGACAUCUUGGUCAUCAGGUGUUGUCUCCGUGGCGCUGCAGUUUCGCACGUGGAACAAGGCUGGGCUUCUCUUGACCUUUGACCUCUUACAGCAGGAGGGCACAGUCUGGCUGUACCUGAGCGAGGGCAGACUCCGCCUACAGAUUAAUAAAGCUGGCAGGGCCCAGCUGGAGUUAAGCGCAGGUUGGUCCAAGCAGGAUUUUGCUGAGUUACACCUACAGAGAGGCUCAGGUCUGAAUGAUGGUCAGUGGCAUCAUGUGGAGCUGAACUCCAGACAAGAUCAUCUGAGCAUCACAGUGGACACAGACGAAGGAGCCACGGUUCACACCAGCAUCCCACUUCUUCUCACCACAGACAGUCAACUCUUUUUCGGUGGAUGCCCUGUUCAGGAGAGCAGUCAGGAGUGUAAGAACCCCUUCAAAGUGUUUCAGGGCUGUAUGCGUCUCUUCACUGUGGAUAACCAACCUGUUGACCUCAUCAAGGUGCAACAAAGGCUCCUGGGAAACUACAGCCACUUGCAGAUUGAUAUGUGUGGCAUCAUCGACAGGUGCUCCCCCAGUCACUGUGAACAUGGAGGUAGAUGCACUCAGUCGUGGAGCACCUUCCACUGUAACUGCUCCAACAGCGGCUACAGAGGAGCCACCUGCCACAGCUCGAGAUAUGAAAAGUCAUGUGAGGCGUACAAACACAAAGGCAACACAUCAGGACAUUAUCACAUAGACGUGGACGGCAGUGGACCAAUCAAACCCCAGCUCAUCUACUGUAACAUGACAGAGGACAUGGCAUGGAUGGUGAUCCAGCACAAUAACACAGAACUGACAAGAGUGUAUUCGUCCCCUGAGAGAAACCAACAUUCAGCCCACUUUGACUACGCUUCUGAAGAGGAGCAGUUGGCAGCCAUCAUCAGCCAAUCGGAGCACUGUGAGCAGGAACUGUCCUACCACUGCAGGAAGUCCCGCAUCCUCAACACACCAGAGGGUGCUCCAUUCGCCUGGUGGGUGGGAGGUCCAGAUCCAGGUGAGAUCCAGACGUACUGGGGCGGGGCACUGCCGGGCAGCCGGCAGUGUGCCUGUGGUCUGCAGGACAACUGUCUGGAUUCAAAUCACUACUGCAACUGUGAUGCUGACUAUGACCAAUGGGCUGAUGACUCGGGUCUACUCGCCUAUAAGGGGAGCCUCCCAGUCAGGUCUCUGGUGCUGGGUGACAUUCAGCGGGCGGGGUCAGAGGCUGCCUACAGGGUGGGACCCCUACGCUGUCAUGGAGACAAGAACUUCUGGAACGCUGCGUUUUUUGACAAGGAGACAUCUUACCUUCACUUUCCCACCUUCCACGGAGAGCUGAAUGCAGACAUUGCUUUCCUGUUUAAGACAAAGUCCUCCUCUGGGGUCUUCUUGGAAAAUCUUGGCAUCAAGGACUUCAUCCGGAUCGAACUCAGCUCUGCUUCAGAGGUCGUCUUCUCUUUCGACGUGGGAAACGGGCCGCUGGAGGUUCGAGUGGAGACGAGCAUCCAGCUGAACGACAACCGGUGGCACAGUAUACGAGCCGAGCGAAAUGUAAAGGAAGCAUCGCUACGUGUGGACGAAUUCCCUGCUGCCACGCAAGUGGCUCCUGCUGACGGACACAGUCAUCUGCAGCUCAACAGCCAGUUAUUCAUAGGAGGCACCGCCUCGAGACAGAAGGGCUUUCUCGGCUGCAUCCGCUCCCUGCAGCUGAAUGGUGUGACUCUGGACCUGGAGGAGAGGGCGAAGAUCACCCCAGGUGUCAGACCUGGAUGCCCGGGCCACUGCAGCAGCUACGGCUCGCUCUGCCAGAACCAGGGUCGCUGUGUGGAAAGAGUUAAUGGUUUCUCCUGCAACUGUGACCAGUCAGCCUACACUGGAGCCUUCUGUCAUAAAGAGGUUUCAGCCAGCUUUAAGUCAUCAACGUCCGUCGCCUACAACUUCAAGGAGCCCUAUGAACCCAACAGGAACAACAGCACCUUGCCUUUCUCCAUCUACUCUGAUAUGACGCUGAGAGGAGAAAACAUCUCCCUGAGCUUCAGGACCAGUCAGUGUCCUGCUCUGCUACUCUACGUCAACUCUUUCUAUAGGGAGUACCUGGCACUGCUCAUCAACAAACAUGAUGAGCUGGAAUUGAGGUACAAGUUGCACAGCAGCAGAGAUGUGGAAGUGAUGGGGAGCAGAGUCACCAACUUGGCUGAUGGACGUCUGCACACGGUGAUCAUCAGGAGACUGGCAGACACCGUCUCUGUUCAGAUCGACCAGAAUACCAGGGAGGACUUCAGCUUGACAUCUGAUGUGGAAUUCAAUGGCAUCAAAUCACUCAUUCUGGGCAGAGUGCAGGAUUCUGCUGAGUUGGAUGGAGAGCUUGUCAGCUUGGCCUCUCUUGGAUUCACCGGCUGUCUGUCAGGAGUUUUCUUUAACUCCAUCAGUCCUCUGAAAGUCGCUCUGCUGCACCCUGACAGCCCUGAUAUUGUCAGUGGCCCGUUGGCCCAGUCCAGCUGUGGUUCUUCCUCUCCGGCCAAUCCAUACGCGACAGAAACCACACACUCCUUAUCAGACCAACCUGGUUCUGUGGAUCCAGGUCAACCUUUAGUCAACGCCAUCAGGAGUGACUCAGCACUAAUUGGAGGGGUGAUUGCAGUGGUGAUCUUCGUCACUGUGUCUGCCUUGGCGAUAAUGGCCAGAUUCAUCUGCAGCAGGAAAGAGACGUAUCGAAACCAGGAAGUCAAAGCAGCACAGCCUGAAGAUGGCCACGAGCUCCCCUUCAGCAGCCAGGCAGACUCUCUGAGCGCUCCCAGUGAAAACCAAAAGGAGUAUUUCAUUUAGCAGGAGCCCGGAGCGCCCACUGACCCGCCAGGACAGAGCUGGAGGAUUCACCGAGAGCUCAGUCGUUACUAGACACACAGAGCCUCUGAGCCUCUGAGCCACUGGAUCAAUGAGAUGUGAAGUCAAAAACACAACAAUUUAUUAAGGGUUUCUUUAGUUCCUUUCUGCUCUCAAUUUAAGGAUUUCAAUAUUUCAAAAAUGUAAAUGGUAAUUUGUGUGCUUAGAACAAUAGUUCUCCGAUGUAUUGAAAAUAAUUUAUCAAACGGAAAAAUGCAGAAUUAAUGUGUUGAUCAAAACACAACUUUGUUCCAGUUGAACUAAACGUUGGACUUAAUUUAUAAAGCACUUUUUCUACAAGGACGAUGCACUUUCUUUGCAAUAUAAGAUGUCAGAGCCAUACACUAUCUGUCAUAAUAUGAGAAGAAUGAGCGGAGGAUUGACAUUUGUGUAUCACAUCUGGACAUAAGAGCUCAGCAAAAGCAGUUUCCGAAUUGACUAAAAUCCAUCUGUCAUAAGCAAACAGGAUUUCAACACAUGCUGUAUAUAUGAAUACAAUAGUAAAGUCACUUCUUUGGUAUUAUCUUUCAAAUUUUAAGACUUUGAGUUAGUCAGAAAGCUUUUAUGUUACUUGCUGUGCUUUUUCUUUAUAUCAUGAGAAAAAAUAAAAACUUUACAAAGAGA